ACACACACACUUCAGCCUCAUAACCUCCCACUGGCUGCUUGUUUGAGCACAAGCGCAGACAUGAGAGUGUAGGAGAAGGUCCAAAAACCAGCUGUGAGUUUCGCAUUCCUGACUUGAGCCAUAGGUCCCUUUCAACAAAGGUUUGACCUCUACUGGCUUCGUCUAUAAAAAAAGGGGCACUGGCUGUUGACAAGGCAAGUAUAACAUGAAGGACACAGGGGCUGAGGACCAGCAGCUGUCCCAACAUUCGGGAUAUAUAGCACAAAAAGUGCUGCCACUUUUUUUUGCAACUUGGAUGGCCGCAGGGUCAUAGAAAAGUCAACAGUGAGCAAAAUGAGAAGUGACAGUCAUCUGCAGAGCGAUUGCUAAGAUCUAAAAUGAUCCGGAGACUGAAAAAUGUCCCAUUUUCUUUCAUUUUAUCGUCAAAAUAGGUCGCAAAUUUCGAUUUUACGCAUCAAAAAUGUAGUUUGAUCGUGGUUUUAUUUCAGAAGGGGGCUCUGUUGAGAGCAGGGAGGGUGAAGGGUUAAUUUGUGGCCGGGGAAACCUGAUGCUAAUUAAGUCUUAGGAAUGCCACAUACUGACAUUGUAGUGCAGAAGCCCUCAGAGUGGGUCAGGCAUGGAGGGAGCCAGCAGUAAUGCGUGCGUCUAAUGUUUUUAUUCCGUACUGACAGUCGGGAAAAGCGAGUCUCACCAAAGCUGAAGGGUAUUUUACGCAAAAAUGGUUUCAGUAGCACCCUUGCUGUUGCUGCUCAUCUCCUGGGUGUCCCUGCACAGCGCGGAGGUUUGCCGGGGGACACACUGCCACGGCGGGGACACCAGCGAUCCAAGACCGUGCACGGGGGCGCACUGUCCGGGGAGCAGAUCCUCCAGACCUCCGCGGCAGUUCAACCCAAACGCGCAGGGGAAAGCGGCGAGCCACCACCAUGCGCACUCUGGCUCUCCAAGCUCCAGCGUCCAGAUCCUCCGCGGCACACGCGUGAGACUGCCUGAAGUUCUACCUGCAGGAUGCACCGAUGCGGACUGCGCUGCGCUUUUCAGGCAGUUUCAAGCCAGCAACGACACCCGGGAGUGCAGGGGGAUCGAGUGCAGGCUGCCGCUGAGGAUCCGGCCGAAAGCUCGGGCGAAGUCCUGCGCUGGAGAGGGAUGUCUGAGCGGCUCGGAGGAGAGCCAGCUCCCUCCUGUCCAUCUGUCCGACAGAGCCGCGCAGUUUCUGGGAGAUUUCCCCGAGUUGGGAUAUCCGUCUUCGGAACUUGGCAGCGCGCCUUUGGGUGUCCAGCUCACAUGUGACAUCAAACCAGGGGAGAAUGAAGUUCCGUCAGAAGAUGCCCUCAUCUUGCACCUCCAGCUCGCCAAGGGGCAGGAGAAGCUGGUGGAGGCGCUUCGAGCCCAGCAGGCGAUCAUUCGUGACCUGCAGCAGAAGCUGGCCGACCAACAGGAGGCGUUGCUGUCCCAGCAGCGCGAGAUCCUGGAGCAGCAGCGGCGGAUGUACGAGCAGAUGGACGUGGUCAAGGCCCAGUACGGCCUCCUUUCGGACACCGUCAAGCAGGUUUCCUUCCAGGGCCUGCAGGGCGAGCUGCAGAGCUACUUCGAGAGCCACCUGGCCGGGCUGCAGAGCCAGGCCCGAAGCCACCUGCAGAAAUCCUACGCCGUCCACAAAAUGGACAUCGACUCUAAGGUGAUGGAUGUGGUUGGGGAGGCUCAUUUUCCUCAACCGCUGCUGGGAUGCCCUUCGCCCUGUGGGUCAGAGGAGUACUGUGAUUUUCAGAGGGACCCACCUCAGUGUCAGAAGUGCACCAUGUGUCCACCAGGCUUCUUCCUGAUCUCACAGUGCUCCCCGACGGCAGACAGAAUGUGCCAGGACAGAGACGAAUGUCUGGAAUUACCAAACGUUUGUGGAGAGCGAGUGAAGUGCCUUAACACUCCAGGAGGAUUCCGGUGUCUGGGGGUUUCUGAGAGAGAAGCAGUGAUGGGCUUGUGUGGUCACGACUACUUCUACAAUCAGGAGCUGCAGGAGUGUCAGGCCUGCUCGGACUGCGACGGAGAACCCAUCACUGUUCCCUGCACGGCGGUCAGUGACGCCGUCUGCGGCCAGCUUUCGGAGAGCCGCCUCUCUGGGUCUUGGGUGGCGAAAGUUGCAGUUCCCCCUGCCAGGACCGCCAGCGCCAAUAUCUUCCCCGGGCUUCAGCUGAACAUACGAGGCAAAGACAGCAGCGAUCUGCUGUCCAACGAAGCGGGGCAGGUGACCUUCCUGCAGCAUGGCUUGGUGUGGAUGGAUCACAACUUCGCCAUAAAGCACAGCUGCAGGAAUUUUCUCCAGGUGGGGAUGAGGCUCAACACAAGCCAGGAAGAGGAGGGUCAGGACAUCAGUGGGGUUCGGAUCGAGCAGCCAGAUGGGAAGUACUUCCAGGGGGUCAGCGUCAGUAGCGGCGUGGAGGUGGAGCCGAACCACACCUUCACGCUGCUGCUGAAGAGUCCGAACCAACACUGCAACCAAAGCAAGGAUCUCCACGUGUACGACGUCGCCGCUCCCUCUUUGAGCCUCCUCUGGUUGUCUCAUGAUACGGGUGCUGUCGCCAUGACGGCUCAGAUGUCGGUCUUGGCUCACUACCAGACCAGCUACCGGCCAACUUUCCGCUUGAGCUCGGUGUCGGACCCCUACAUGAUCACCCUGACUCACGACAACCGCGGGGUUCGCUUCACAGAGAGCGGCGUGGUGAAGUUUGUCCUCCAGCAGGCACUUUACUCCAUGGGCCACACCUGCAUUCGAGAGGGCUUCUCACUGAUCGCAUACACAAACCGCAAUGGGACCGGCCAGGAGGCGAUGCAAGCCUUUAAGACGGGCGUUAACUACAGGGACACCUCCAUCACCCUCUCCGGUGCCGUUAACGUCAACAGCGGAGACACCCUAGGCUUCGAGAUCAUGUCCCCGUCACAGUGCAACCUCCGCUACUUCGGGGACAACACUGGGAUCAGCAUGUUGAGCCUCAUCUGGAUUCCUUCAGCCGUGUCGUCGGCGUUGACCGCCACCGUGUCCAGGACCGGUCUUCCCUUCGGAGCGGUCAGGAAUAAGCCGCUGUUGUUCCAGCAGAUCAGCCCGGACACGCCGCAGGUCCACUUGGCCCGCUCAGGGGAGCCGAACGCCCGGAAGAACUUUAUAUUCCACGAGAAAGGGACAGCGAACAUAGCCCUCAACCUGAAGCUGAUCCACUCCUGCAAUAUAGUCAAACUCACUCUGCAGCGGCCGGCGGAUCAGGGCAGGCAGGCAGGUCCUGUGGCUCAGCAGGUGUCUGGAUCUAUGCCUGAAGGGAGUGAGUGGGCCAGCAUAGGACUCAGAGCCUCCUUUCCGGUCCAGAACGGUACCGCUCUUUAUGUCACUCUGGACUGUAUCCGAGGACGAGUCAACCAGAUAACACACGAGGGCGGCACUAACAUUUCAAUUCUCUGGGUCGCAGUGUGACCCCCGAGAAGAGACCCAUCCUUUUAUUCAUCAGUACAUUUUGUGAAUACAGACAGUUUUGCACAGUAUUGAAUCGCAGAGCAGAUUCAAACAAAUAUACCAAAAUUAAGGAAGAAUACUGGUUGAUGAAAAACACAGUCAUCUAGUCCACAUAUUCUGUUAUUAUUUCUAAUGUAUAUUCCUCACCUGUUUAGACUUUAAUUGUGAGAUUUGUUUUUAGUGGAAAACUAUUAGUAUAAGUACUGCUUUUGCUUGAAGUACUUCGGCUGGUUGAGCAGUGACCAAUUGUACAUCUGAAUGUGAGUGUGUGUGAGUGUGUGUACGUACAUGUGUGAUGGUGCUUUUGUAUGUAUGUGCGUAUGUACACACACAUCGGCAUGCCUACUUUUGCAUAUGAGACAUUCAAUAUGUAUAUCCUUCCAUUCCUGCAUAUAUUUAAGAUGCACACUGUAUGCAAUUAUCUUUUUUUUAUAUCAUUAGACCUUUAAAGGAGCAGUUUGAGGUUUUGGGAAAUACUGCUACUUCUGUUAGCUGAUUAGCUUAGUUUAGCAUAACAACUUGAACAAGGGGAAACAACUAACCUGGCAAGGAAAUCUGUGGGUAUCUCUUGCACUUUACCUCCUGUGAUCCGGAAAUCUUUCCCCCUCCGCCAUCAUGGAGGAUUUUCCAAUUACUUAAAUGCAAUUCGAGAAGAGAGGAAGCAUCUGAAGGAGCUUAGAGCGUGGAAACAGCCGUUUCUGCAAAUGCCACAUCUUUUUCGAUUGGUGAUACAGCUGUGCAGCACGUCAUAAAUGCUGCUGUGGAAAAAUUAUUUCUAAUUUGGCAACUUUGGCUUCUCCAUCCUCACAUCUCUUCCUUCCAUCUCACAGCCUCGCUAAGAGUCCAAAAAGAGACGCAAGGAAUAAAAGCAAGGAGACAUGUUAGCAUAGCAAAAUAGUAAAAACAUUAUUUUUUAAAGUCAAGCUUCAGUUAAACUAUUUACUGUGUGAAAGAUUAAAAAUGCAAUGGGGCUUUACCACAUAACCAUCAACAGUAUGAUUGUCACACAAGCAUGAAUGGGUCAAACUGUUUACACGACAGGUUAAACUGUGGGUCAGACAUGCUGCACAGCUUCUGUCCUACAUUGCGGUCUUUCGAAUUCGCUGACUGCAUUGUUGCAAACUGAUUUGAAAUCGAUUAAUUGUUCCGUCCUACAACACAUAGCAUUAGUAGCAUGUGACCUGAGAACCAGCAGCUGCUUCAAGCCUCCAUCUGUCUCAACAUAAGAUGCAUUCAGAUGCGAUUUUAAGUAGCAGGUCACUGUAAUGAAGUGAAAUGCAAAAGGAAAUAAACUUGAAGCAUGUAAAUAUGUUUCAGAUUGCUGUUACGCGUGAAGGGAGUACGUGUAAGGCUUUUUCUUACUGGCUUCCACGAACCCCUCAUAAAGCAGCUAAUUAACAUUUUUACUCCUCCGAUCAAACAAAUACGAUGCACCGUGUAAAGUUUUAAACUGCUGAGGUGCUCGUAGGCAGAUUUUCUAACAGUUUGACCGAGCCAAGCCAGCUGUUUCCUCCUGUUUCCCAAAAAUGUUGAACUAUUCCUUUACUGUUAAGAAGAAAUCCCUAUUCUCUAAUGCAGCGUUGUAACUUUUAAAUAAGCAGGAAUUUUGAUAUUUGACAUAUUUGAUAUUUAUUUUAUAAAACAGGACCUUUAUAUUUCACUAUAGAAUACAUAUGUUUGUCAGACAUGAGCAAAAAGUGAAAAAAAAACACCUAAAACGUAUAUGGUAAAGCACUGAGUAGACGGUGCUGAUAUUCAGAUACACACAGUGAUAGCCUCUAUCAUAAGUUUAUUUGCACACAUGUAGUUUAGCAUAGUAUUAUGGAAUGUGCAAACAUUAUUCUUUGUUAUUCUUUUGCCUGAAUGCUGUUUCCCUGUGAAGAGUUGCCCAUGCAUAUCACUCCUAAUUGCCUCUGUGUGUGUUCUGUCCUCUCAACAAUUAGGCAUAAUUAAGUGUUUCGGAGAGUUGGCAGCAAAGCCGCCACUGAAAUUCUUAAGUUUUAUUCUCACAUCACUGCACGUAGUGAUAUUUUUGGGGUGCUGUUGGUCUCCCUGCACACGUCUCGUGGAACGUCAGUGUAUGUGUUCAACACCAAAUAAAAUAUACAUAUAUUUUGCCAGAAAA